UUCGCACAUUAACCAGUUGCAAAGUGAAAGUACAAGCAAUAAAAAGACUUGUAUUCCCGCGGGCUAAAGCGCAGUCAACACACCGGCGCCGAUCACUGGGUUUACACAACGCCAAACAUGGGAAGCGAUUUUUCAAAGGACGACUGUUCUCAGUAUCCGACCAUGGACGAGCGGAAUCUGGGCAAUUUGAGGAGCUAUUUAUGUAAUUACAACCCUCCUGAGGGCUGUGUAGGCGGGAUAAACAUUCUGCUCUUUGGUAUUUCGAGGUCUGGGAAAUCAUCCAUUAUCAAUACAUUCCUCUCGGCUCUGGAUCCACAAGGAAUGACCAUAACCUGCGUCCCGAUAGGGAGGAAUUCCACGUCUCUCACACCAGAGCUCAGGACCUACAGAGCAGGCAGCUUAAAGUUUUGGGAUUCAGCUGGAUGGAAUGCUCUGGAGAACACUGAUCAGACAAAGAGAGUGUUACAGAUGAUCCUGGAAGGAAGAAUUCCCAAAGGAACAAAAUUACACAGUUUCAAACCUGACUUGGAUGUUGCCAAGUAUCCAGUUAUUCCGGAAAAUGUAAUUCAUGGAGUCGCACUCACAUUUGACGUGAACACAAUCGACAGCAUCACUGAGGAACAAAUGAACCUGUUUAAGGAGUUACAGACGAUUGUGGCACAGAAAUAUAUUUACAGGGUUGUGAUUGGGACCAAGUUUGAUCUACUAGGGAUACAAGAGUACGACCAUAAGCGAAUUUAUGAAUACAAGCCACUGCAGGACAAGUUUACAAAGUUGUCAGAAGUGACUGGGAUGGAGAAGCGUUCCAUGUUUGUGGUUUCGAAUAAAUGGAAAGGUGAUAAGAUCGAGAUGAUCAAUUGCAUCCUUACCCUGUCCGCUCUGGAGAAUAUGAUCAGAAACAUCGACAAGUUUCUCAAAGUGAUGAUGUAAUGGCUACACCUGACCUUGUACAGAACUGUUGAACUGUUCCUGUUUCAGAAGCACGUUGUUUUAGCCUGUUUUAGAAGCUCAUAUCUGUAAACCUGCUGUGCGAAGGAGACUGAAGGCUGAGGAUUUUUAUAUAGAUAGAAAGUUUCAAAAUGUUACACAAAUUCACUGACUCCAAAAUGAAGACCUGAAAUUUAUUGUUUUGCAGUCGCAGUACAAUGCAAAGACAUAAAGUUACUAUAAAUUAUAGAGUACUACAGCUCAGAAACAGGCCCUUCUGCCCACCUAGUUUUUGCUGAAUUGCUAUUUGCUGAUCCAGUUUACCACAUUAUUCAUGAAACUGUUAAUAUACUGUAGAUGACAAACAACAAUGGACCCAACACUGAUCCCUACGGUACACCACCAGUCACAGGCCUCCUGUUAGGAAGCAACCAUCUACUACAAAUCCCUGUCUCCUCCCGCUAUAUAUAGGCAUCCAUUAGUCUCGUGAGACCAUGGAUUUGCGCCUUGGAUGGUUUCCAGGGCACAGGCCUGGGCAAGGUUGUAUGGAAGACCAGCAGUUGCCCACGCUGCAAGUCUCCCCUCUCCACGACACUGAUACUGUCCAAGAGAAGGACAUUAGGACCCAUACAGCUUGGCACCAGUGUCAUCGCAGAGCAAUGUGUGGUUAAGUGUCUUGCUCAAGGACACAACACACUGCCUUAAUCAAGGCUAGAACUAGCGACCUUCAGAUCACUAGACAAACACCUUAACCACUUGGCCAUGCGCUAAACCAAUGUUGAAUCCAAUUUAGUACUGAAUGCCAAGCAACUGAACCUUCUGGACCAGCCUUCAGGACUUUGUCAAAGGCCUUGCUAAAGUCCGUGUGAACAGUCCAUGUUCACUGCCUUUCCUUGUAACCUCCUUGCAAAACACUAACAUUUGUGAGACACGACUCACCCAACUAAGCCUUGUUGACUAACCCUAAUCAGGCUCUGUCUGUCCAAAUAUUUAAUAUCCUGUCCCUUAAAAUAGAUUCCAAUAAUUUACCUUAACUUCAGGCUUAUUGGCCUAUAAUUCCCAUCUUAUUGUUAGAUUUGAUGAUGAAAAUAAGGCAAGUGCAAAAUAUAAGCAAUGAGGUAGUGUUCAUGGACAUUCAGAAAUCUGAUGGGAGAAUGAAAGAAGCUGUUUCUGAAGGUAAAUAUGUAGUGCAGAGAGAAACAAAAUAGUGAGGUGAUGUCAGGGGUGCAACGUCUAUUCAAUGUCAAUAUCAUUGCUGGUUCUUUGUAAUGGAUGCCGCCCUCUUGGAGAUGUCCUCAGGGGUGGGGAGUGAGUGUUUUCCCUGGGUCAGAGUGGCUGAAUCUAGAGCCCUCUGCAGCAUCUGUGCAUCAGAGCCUCCAUACUGUAGGGAAAGAGUUACAUUUCAUUUUUCUUUGACAGUUUGUAAGGAAAAAAGGAGUUAGUCUGGAAUGUGGGAAUGUUUUGAGAAAGUACAAGGGAACCGGUCUUAUUGUAUUGUAUUCUUCAAAUAACUUUACUAAUAUCAUUUGAUUGUGGAUACGCCUUGUUGUUGAAUCAGGAAAGAAUGAGGAACAGAUUUUAAAAUAUUUUCAUUACACCCUCCAGGCUGAGAUGUAACAACAAUUGGAAUCAGGCUUAUUAUUCUGUCUUGUGACGUGAAAUUUGUUAUCCUGCAGUAGCACAGUGAUACAAAACAAAAAAAAGCUAUACAGCAAAUUACAAAAUAAAUAGUGCAAACAAAGGAAUCGUGAGUAGUGUUUGUGAAACGUUCGGAAGUCUGACGGUGGAGGGGAAGAAGCUGUCUCUGAAUUGUUACCUUUGGAAACUAUAUCAUCGGGUAAACUUUGCAAAGGUUGGUCUUAGGGAAACUUCCAAUAUAUUCAGUGAUUGAGUUGCCAAGAAACAAUGACACCUGUGGGUAGGGUUUAACUAAUCUGACAGGGACGUUGGAACCGGAGUGAUAGGGCAGAGGACGGGGAAGAUCAUAUGCAAGUAGAUACAGUGUGUAGUGAGACUGUGAGGAAGAACAGGCAGAUGACAGGGCACAAAGACAGUCAGUAAGAUGGGUUGAAGUGUGUCUUUGAACUAAACACAUGUUGAGUCCCCUUCUUUGAAAUGCAUGAGGCUGGAAGUGUUCUGGAUUUUGGAUUUUUGAAUAUAUCAUGAGAUACCUUGGGAUUGUCAUCACUUCUGACUGAAUUUGUGCGCUCCCAGUAAGCAAUCUUUGUGUUACCCUUGUUCAUCACACGUAUGUAAUCAUUUGUGUUGUUCAGGACAAACCAUUAAUAUAAUGAAAAUAUAACGCAUAGGGUAACAAAAGCAGCACAGUAGCAUCGGGAGAAUACUAGAAUCAGCUGUUCAAUAACAACAAACAACGACAGGCUUUCAGUCUCCAUCUACGGAACAUGUUUUGAUUAAAAAGUUACUGUACACUGUAUUUGCAUUUUAAUUUUUAUGGAUUUGAUGUAAGGUGUAAACAAUCAGUAUUGUAGACUUGUUCUGUUGCUAGAUUUUCAUCAGCGAUGAUCUUCACAAAUUCUUCAGUUAAUUUCUCUGCUACUUUGUGAUCAGCAGAUGCUUUAUCUUUAAAACUUUUUAAAUCUUUAAAAAAUGCAUGCCACGUCUUUUAUUAAAAGUUUGCAA